AUGAACAUGGGCCGGCAGUGUGGGGACGUGGUCGGGAAGGCCAAGCGCACCUUGUUAGCACCUGGUAUUCCCGUGAAGGAACGGGUGAAGGUCUCUCAGAACUGGAAGCACGGCCGCUGUCGCAGGGAGACGCUGCUGAAAUGGAAACGCAACUUGAUGCCCUGGAUGCAGCUGGAUGGCGAGUGUCUGUACCUGUCCCAGGCGGAGGACAUUGGGGCCUACUGGCUUCGCCCCGACAGGGCAGGCAUACAACGCCACCCCCACGCCAUCUUCUCUGGCCACCAGGAGGAUGUGUGCCGUUUUGUUCUUGCCGACUCGCACAUUGUCAGUGGAGGCGGGGAUGGCAAUAUCAUCCUCCAUGAGAUGCAUGGCUCCUACAGCGUCAAGUUCUUGGCACAUGAGCAGGAGGUGAACUGUGUGGAUUUCCGAGGGGGCAUCAUCGUGAGCGGGUCACGGGACAGGACAGCCAAGGUUUGGUCCCUGUCACCAAGCAGAGCUGGCCAGUGCUUGCACACGAUACAGACAGAGGACCGGGUCUGGUCCAUCGCCAUUAGUCCGUUGUUAAGCUCGUUCGUGACUGGGACCGCUUGCUGCGGACACACCUCACCUCUGCGCAUCUGGGACUUGGAGAGUGGGCAGCUCGAGACCUGCCUAGGAACUGACUUCCACCGUGGUGCCGGCGUCCUGGAUGUCCUCUAUGAGACGCCCUUCUCCCUGCUUUCCUGCGGCUACGACACCUACAUCCGCUACUGGGAUCUGCGGGCCAGCACGCGGAAAUGUGUCCUGGAGUGGGAGGAACCCCACGACAGCGCCCUGUACUGCGUCCGAAGCGAUGGAAACCACAUGCUGGCCAGUGGCUCCUCCUAUUACGGCGUUGUGCGGCUCUGGGACAAGCGGCAGAGCCGGUGCCUGCAGAGCUUCUCCCUGUCAUCGCCCACCAGCAGCCCUGUGUACUGCCUGCGCUUCAACACCACCCACCUCUACGCUGCCCUGGCCUCCACACUGCACGUCCUCGACUUCAUGGCCCCCUGAUGCCCACCCGGCACAGCAGGACACUCAGCUCAGGGACUGUCGGGUGGGGAUGGGGGCAUGUGGCCCUGGACACAUCUCACGGGGAUGCUGGCUGCUGGAGGGAGCAUGGAGGGGGGCCGGCGGCCUCUCCCCAACCUGCCUUAGACAUCAAUAAAGGCCAAGGGGCCUUUGCCCCUUUCAGUCUGUGCCAGC